CAAUUAGUAAUAUUCCAUCAAAGAAAGCAAAAUCAAUUCCCAAAUUCCGAGUUUUCAUCUUAACCGUAUCUUCUCAAUCUCUGCUUUAGUAUUCGAUAGCUUUGAACAAUCCUAAAAAUGGUGGGUGUUGGGGUUCCGAUCUGCGUUCAGUGCGGCACCGCCAGCAACCCUUGCCGAUGCAAGGUGGUCGGACCAACGGUGGGCUUUCUGGCGUUUGCUGCGGCAGCCAUUGUGGAGUGGCCUGUUGGGGCUUUGGUUUAUUGCUUCAAGCACGGCAAGGGCCGCCGUAUCAUGGCUCAUCCGGCCACGGUUGUUUACCCUUCCGUUACCAAUGCCAUUCCCAUUUAAUAUAAACUUGGUGUAUUCCUGCAUGUUGUCUUAUAAUGCUAGAAUAAUAUAGUUUCUCUUUUAU